ACUCAUUUGGCCAGUCACGGGGCCAAAACCAGUGUUUGGAGCCACAGUGUGGCGGUGGAGGCAGCAGCAAUGGGAGGCCAUACAGCAACCUAUGACAAAAUGGAAACCAGCAGGAGUGUGAGGAGACCUGAAAGUGGCACAUGGCAGAGUGGGAGCAAUGGGAGGCGGUACAGGGGACCCAGGUCACACUGUGGGACCAGCAGCAGCGUGACCAGGCUGGGGUACGGGGGCCCAUGGCCGAUUUGGGGCCUGGCGGCACCUAUGGGAGGCCUUUAAUCUGCCAGCAACCUAGGACAAAAGGAAUACCGCAGGAGUGUGAGGAGACCUCAAAGUGGCACAUGGUAGAGUGGGAGCAAUGGGAGGCGGUACAGGGGACCCAGGUCACACUGUGGGACCAGCA